GGAACAGAGUGCUGGAUCUGAGAUUGAAGAUCUGUAAAGGAUUAUGGGAUUAUACACUGAAGAGCCAGCAGGCGGAAUGCCUGAAUGACUGAAGAAAAUGGGUGCUAAUGCAUCUAACUACCCUCAUUCGUGUUCCCCAAGGGUAGGGGGGAAUUCACAGGCACAACAGACGUUCAUAGGGACAUCAUCCUACUCUCAUCAAGGUUACGGCUGUGAAUCAAAGCUGUAUAGCCUUGACCAUGGCCAUGAGAAACCUCAAGACAAGAAAAAGAAAACCUCUGGCCUUGCCACCCUCAAAAAGAAGUUCAUUAAGCGUCGGAAAUCUAGCCGAUCUGCUGAUCAUGCCAAGCAGAUGCGAGAACUUCUCUCAGGCUGGGAUGUCAGAGAUGUUAAUGCGUUAGUGGAAGAAUAUGAAGGGACGUCAGCCUUAAAGGAACUUUAUCUGCAAGCUAAUCUGGCAAGACCGGAAGCCAGGACGCUACAAAAAGACAUGGCUGAUCUUUAUCAAUACAAAUAUUGCACUGAUGUAGACUUAAUAUUUCAAGAAACUUGUUUUCCUGUGCAUCGUGCAAUCUUGGCAGCAAGAUGUCCAUUUUUUAAGACUCUGCUUUCUUCCUCACCAGAGUAUGGGGCAGAAAUAGUAAUGGAUAUUAACACAGCUGGCAUAGAUAUGCCUAUGUUUUCUGCUUUGUUACACUACCUUUAUACAGGAGAGUUUGGAAUGGAGGAUUCAAGGUUUCAAAAUGUUGAUAUCCUUGUGCAGCUUAGUGAAGAAUUUGGAACGCCGAAUUCCUUAGAUGUUGACAUGCGUGCCCUGUUUGAUUACAUGUGCUACUAUGAUGUGGUUCUUAGCUUUUCAUCCAACUCUGAUUUAGUUGAAACCUUUGGAAGUCAGAACUGCCUAGAUGAAGAGCUCAGAGCUCACAAAGCUAUUAUUUCAUCGCGAUCUCCGUUUUUUCGUCACUUGCUGCAAAGGAGGAUACGAACCGGUGAAGAAAUCACGGACCGAACUCUGCGGACUCCGACUAGAAUUAUAUUGGAUGAGUCUAUCAUACCAAAAAAAUAUGCUAAGGUCAUUUUGAACUGUAUGUAUACGGAUGUGGUAGACCUCUCUGUUUUGCACUCCAGCCCUUCAGUGGGUAGUUUAAGUGAAGUUCAGGCUCUUGUAGCAGGAAAACUCAACAUGACGAGGGCUGAAGAAGCUAUGGAGCUUUACCACAUAGCAUUAUUUCUGGAGUUUAACAUGCUUGCACAAGGCUGUGAAGAUAUUAUUGCUGAGAGCAUCUCAUUAGACACCUUAACUGCCAUUCUCAAGUGGAGUUCUCAACCGUAUGGGUCCAAGUGGGUACAUCGUCAGGCAUUACAUUUCCUCUGUGAGGAGUUUACCCAGGUCAUGACUUCAGAUGUCUUCUAUGAACUAAGCAAGGACCACCUGCUUACAGCUAUUCAGUCUGACUAUUUACAGGCAAGUGAGCAAGAUAUUCUCAAAUAUCUUAUUAAAUGGGGAGAACACCAAUUGAUGAAGAGAAUAGCAGACCGAGAGCCUAAUUUACUGAGUGGUACUGCUCACAGUGUGAACAAAAGAGGUGUAAAGAGGCGAGAUCUUGACAUUGAGGAGCUCAGAGAAAUCCUGUCUCCGCUUUUACCUUUUGUCCGCAUUGAGCACAUCUUACCCAUGAGCAGCGAAGUACUGAGUGAUGCAAUGAAGAGAGGCCUGAUUAGUACACCUCCUUCAGACAUGCUACCAACAUCGGAAGGUGGAAAGUCUAAUGCCUGGCUGCGGCAAAAAAAUGCUGGAAUAUAUGUGAGGCCAAGACUGUUCUCACCGUAUGUAGAGGAGGCUAAGAUCUUGAUGAAAUUCCACCGGAAACAAAGCAGCGUUCUGAGGGAAACCUCCCUGGUUUCCAGCCAGUUUGCCGGCCCAGCUCCUCGGCAGCCCACCUGGCAGGCGGAUGGCAAGUCAGUGUUGGAUGAGAUGAUGGUGGAACAAACCGAUCUCGUUCGUUUGCGGAUGGUCCGAAUGUCCAAUGUGCCAGACACCCUUUACAUGGUAAACAACGCGGUGCCACAGUGCUGUCAUAUGAUUACCCACCAGCAAGUUAGCACUAACCAGUCCAGUCCUCCAUCAGUUAUAGCCAAUGAAAUCCCAGUUCCCAAUCUCCUUGUUGUAAAAGAGAUGAUCAAACGACUGCAGGAGCUCCGUCAUACUGAGCAGGUGCAAAGAGCGUAUGCUCUCAAUUGUGGAGAAGGUGCCACAGUCAGUUACGAGAUUCAGAUUCGCGUGUUGCGAGAAUUUGGACUUUCUGAUGCUGCUGCUGAACUUCUGCAGAAUCCUCACAAAUUCUUUCCUGACGAGCGAUUUGGGGAUGAAAGCCCGCUCCUAACAAUGAGACAGUCUGGACGAUGUCGUGUUAACAGCACUCCCACUGCAGAAACCAUGUUUACAGAACUGGACUCUUUUGUGGCCUUUCAUCCACCAUUGCCCCCUCCUCCACCUCCAUACCACCCACCAGCAACUCCUAUUCAUAACCAGUUCAAAGUGGGCUGGAAACAAAGGGUGCCAAGUCAACAUCCAUCCCGUUCCUUUUCUUACCCUUGUAACCAUUCACUGUUCCACUCCCGGACAGCUCCCAAAGCUGCACCACCUGUCUAUUUGCCCGGUGUUAAAGCAGCACCUCCUGAUUGCACUAACACUACAGGUCUGGGAAGACAAACAGUGGCCGCAGCAGCUGCAGUCAUGGCAGCUGAGAAGCAAGUAGGUACUCAGCCCCUGCUAAAUGAACUGAUGCCAGAUAUUGCAAUGGGUGUGUCAGCAAUGUCUCUAAAAGACAGAAGAUUGCCAGAACUCACUGUUGACACAGAAUUAAGCCAGACAGUCACAGAGGUAGGAUCGGGUCCACCACAGCACAUUUCAUGUAUUCAGAGCAGGCACUUGCCCACUUCUCGAAAGAAACAUGCAAUAGAGCAGAAAAUAGAUGGAAAUGAAUAUCCUGACUUCUAUGACUUCUCUAAUGCUGCAUCCAGACCUUCUACUCCAGUACCUAACAGACACAGUCCUUCACCUUCACAAGGCAUGUAUUUUGGCCCAGAUCUGUAUAGCCACAAUAAGGCAUCACCAAGUGGCUUAAAGUCAGCUUACCUACCUACCCAGAUAUCUCCUAAAAAGCAAGAGGAUUCUAGGAGGGAAUACCUGCUCUCCCAAGAAGGGCAUCAGCAUAGACAAAAGACUGAGCCAAUACACCUCGAUGUCUUAGAACAACCUCCCCAGCGACUGGACUUGGCAUUGGCUACCCAGGAAAAUGCUGGUAACGGCCCAGUUCACAUCAGGGGAAGAACAAAAAUGGAAACUGACUUAACCUAUGGCCUAACCUCUAAUAGACCUUCACACUCUGCAUAUGCCUCUGAAAUGCAAGAAGAGAGACCCGGUAGGAGACUGGCAGACGAUGAGCCAUUAGAACAUGGAAUACAGAGAAAUGCAGAUUUGGAAAGGGAAGAUGGAGUAAACAGAGGAAGGAGGUCUCCAAGCAAACCAGACUUCCUGUAUAAAAAAUCUGCCCUAUGAAAGCAACCUCUAAUAUUUCUCCGUGCCUAAGAGUUGUAAACAUACCAUUCUUUAACUUUUGGCCUGAGUUUUGUCAGACAAAUUCAUUCAUGCCAGCAGAUAAACUCAGCUUUGCUCAUUUCUUCUUGUAUAUACGUUGUGUUAUUAGAGACAGCAUGCUAUCAGUUUAUUUUUAAUGCUACUUCUGUUUUUUGGUUUGUUUUUUUUGAGCAAAUUUUAAGCCUUUAAGGAAAAAAAAAAAAAAAAGCUGGCACCUUUUUCUACAACCUGGUAGCCUUUUGCACCUGUACAUCUAUUUUAGUGUAUUAGUUUUGUACUAAUAUGUUAAACUUUGUUGUUGCAUUUAAAGGACUGUAUUUUCAUACUUUUGCAUUUUCCCUCUCACCUGCCAAUUCCCCGUGUGCAUUGGGUUGCACAUUAUGAAAUGUAUUUUCUUAUGAGAUAGUAACAAUGUGUUUAUUUUUUAAUUAUAGAAAUUCCAAAGAACAGCACAUUAAAAUAGUAUAUUUUUAGUUAGAUCGGUUUUUUGUUCAGAUCUCAAAUGUCUUGGUUUGUAUCACUACAGCAAGAAUCCAGUCUAAUAAUGUUUUGUUUGAAAAGUCCUGGCAGGUGAUCUUAUAGCAGGCCCACUCGUGAGAAUUGUAUUUUGGCUUUUAAGAACAAAGAGGGAUAUUUAGGAGUCCAGAUUGCAGUGACAUUCACUGGGAUCUGACCACCUAAUUCUGUACGCUUUGUGGCUCAGCUGUGACCAGGGAGAAUUCCACGAUCACCAGGAAGCACUUACUAGCCAGACUAGAAUAAUUGAUUUGCCCAUGCAGAAAUAAAUCUAGAAAUACUGUAAAAGUCAUAGUAAUAACUUGUUCUUCCAGCUACCUUUAUGUGAGGGUGAGUGAAGACCAGAGCUGAGGAUUCAUGUUAAAUCCUAGAGUGUGAGGAAGAUAAGGCAUAGUAUCUUAUGCUGUUGCCUGUGCUAUAACUGUCCAAUUGAGAGUUGCCUCUCCAACAGAGGUGCUGAGGUGACUGCUCAUUGCCUUGCUUUGUCUUGCCUAUGAUUUUUUUAAAAAAAAAAAAAAGGGCUUCACUCUUAGUGAUGUCAUUCAGUGUUCCUUAUCUAAUUUGAAAUGUUGCUGACUUCAUAAUUGCAACUGUGUUGUGAACAAAAUCAAAGUGAAGAGUAACUGCUUUAGCACCAUUAAAUGUGUGAAGCUUUAGCACUCUUAAAUUACACUUCCAUUUCCCUGACCUUGCUUUCUUAAAGCACAGAAAUAGGAGACUUAUUGAUUAGGAUGAAAUGGAGAGAAUGGUAGUGAUUUGGGCUGAUUCCCUCUCCUUGACUUGAAGUUAAACAAUACAGCUGGUAUAGUAGUUACAGAUAUUCAUUGCAUCCCUCUUAAUGCUUACUGUGCAAUUCCUCCCUAUUCUAAGUGUAACGAAGUUGUGGUGGUGAUGCCACUGCAGUGUAGUCACUACUGGUAAAGGCCUGUUUGGGUUUUUUUUAAAGGCAGUUUCUGUAAUGAAGAGCUUUCCCUGAAGUUGAAAACUGUAAUCCCAGGUGUGAUCUAAGGAUUCCUUUAGGGUUGAUUUGGGUUGAUUCCUGCAGUUCAAAAUGCUUAAUACUAUUUAAAUAGAAAUCUUGUUGCAGCAUUACUUUCAUUUUUAGCUGAUGGCAGGUUUUUUUUUACCCCUUCUCUUUCAUUAAAAUAUGCAAGACCUGACACGUGCAACACGUUUUCCUGAAAUACUUAAUACUGAAUUUUCGAUCUACCAAGUAGCUUCUGGAUAGAUGAAAAUAUGGGUUUGUAAACCAAUAAAUUGUAAUAUCUGCUGCAUACACAGAUACAGGCCUCCUGCUUCUAUGAAAGCCCUGCAGGCGCUCCUUUUAAGGUAUGAUAUAGGAUUGGAGGAGAAACUUAACUGAACUGCACAGGUGAUGUAAGUGUUCUGUGGGUGAGGGGAGAUGUUUGUGGGUUCCCCCCCCCCCCAUCAGCCUUUGUUUUGUUUUGUUUUUUAACCACAGUCAAGACACUUAGUGGUCCUGGCCUCAUGACCAGUAUACGUUAUUUCCUCAGAACUGCAGUGUAAAACCUUUUUUUUAGAUAAUCAAGAGAACAUCAGUAGGGGAUAAAGCUACUGCAGGUUAGGGACUGAGGUUCAUUGGACAUAUUCUGAAAAUUUGAGCACAGUGCUGUCGUACCGUGUAACUCUAACCAAACACUUUGGUUUCAAGCUCAUGUGUACUAGAAACAAUUAAAUUAACACUCAUGUUGCAAGACUGAAACUCACUGCGCUUGCAUCAUUAGUCUGUUAAAGUAGCUGAAUCACUUAAGUCAUAGCUGUCCUGAGAAUACUUACUAUUCUGAGUAAUUUAUUUUUCCCUAAAAUUGAUAGAUCUACUUUCAGAGGAGACUAUUUUUAGUUACCAUUAUAUUUAGGUGUGGCACUGUGUGCCUUGAGAGAGAUGGGGCUGAAAUCUAUAGGUGGGGUUGGUAACUCUUAGCUUGAAAUUUGUGGAGGUGUGGCUGAUAAUGAAGACUGAGAAGUUUUGAGGUUACAGUGUGAGUGGAAUCAUGAAAUGGUGUGGCUUUGCAAAUAAGCUGGUGAGAGAUGCUUUAGGGCGGAAGGGGAAAUAUGUCUGCUUUUUAGAAUACAUAAUUGCUUCUGAGUUCUUGGAAGCUGAGCAGUAUUAAAAGGAAACUAGUGUUUAAAAAUAAAUGCAGAAAGAAAAGACAAGUCCUCUUGGGGCCAUAAGACAAUCAGGCCACUUGGACAAUCUACACUUUCAGUUCUUUUUUUGAGUUGGGAAAAAGAUAGCAGCUGACUUUAAGUGGAAGAGAAACAUUUGUCAAAUUAAUGGAAUUGUAUUUUUAUAUUUCAGAAUAGGAUUUCCUACCUAGUUGGAUGGGGGUGAGGGGAGAGACCAUCUUUAUCCUUCUUAAUAGAAUUAUUAAGCUAGUGUUCUUACAUCUCACUCCCAAAAAGUAGAUACAGUGGGACAGUAUUGUCUCAGCUUCCUAACACACAAAACAAAUAACCAUUAUACCUACUGCUCUUUAUUGUUCUCCAUUUACUGAUAUUGAUCAGUGCAGAAGACCCUUGUUUAUGUGAAGCACUUUCUGAUUAGGCUGGAAAUUAAUAUCUCCUUUUCCUCCUAUAAAUUUGACAAGAGAAAAACAUUGCUGACUGUAUUUUGUUUGAUGCUAGAGGUAUGAACAUUAAGCUUUCUGGGAUGAGGAAGAUCACUGUUUCAUCUUUUAUUAAAGAGAAUUCAGACUCUCAAUUAGUAAGCACCAUGCAGAAACGUUCUAAUUCUUCCUCCUUCUUACCCCUCCCUCUUCCCCUAAUAUAUGGAUGAAUAACCUAAUUCCUGGAAAAACAUUCUUCCUUUGAAAUGUUCUGUUGUUCCAUAGAGUUGCUGUAGUUGUGUGUUAAUAACUGCUGUGUUCUCUGGCAGUUGGCAGUUUCGUGUGUGGUGGUUUGUGUUUUUUUUUUUUUUUUUCCCCCCCCCUGUUCUUAAGCAGUUUCUAUUCUGAAAAUUAAGAGACUGGCGCUUCUUACUUGUAAGCCUUGGUUGUGGUCUUGGAAUGUCCCAAAUGUGUUUGUCUUACAGGUUUCUUUUUUCCAAGUGUUUUGGAAGAGUACACAUGCUGUUUGAGGGACCGCUGUUUCUUCUAAUGACUAUAAGCUUAUAUGGUGGAGUGGUGCUGAGUUCUGCUGAAUGCAGGGAACAGCUGAGAGAUAAAAUUGUAAAAUCAUAUUUGCAGUCUCUGUAACUAUUUGUACUUUCAGAAGGUAGCCUUGCCUUCUGCAACGUUACAUUUUUGUUUCUUGUCCUCGUGCUGUUACUGGUAUAAAGUCAAGUGCCUUCAAUGCUAAAGGCUCAGAAAACUUUCUUAAACUGAUUUCAUGUCCUAUGCAAGUGUUUUUCUACAACCUGCAUAACCAGUACUUUGUAAAACUUGUUUACGCUUCAAUUGUACAUAGUGUUUUUUAAAAAAAAAAAAUAGUAUUUUUAUUUAGGUACCUCCAGACUUGAAUUCUAGUCUUGUGUGAUGCAUUGUAAAACAAUACAUUUCUCUUUUGAGUACCAUUACAAUUGUAAAAAGGUUUUCACUGGUUCUAUUUUUCUACUGUUGCUGAGAAGCAUGUAACACUGACUUUAUCCUACGUAUAGUUGGCAUUUCAAAUAAAUGGCUUGUAUAGAA